AAGAGAAGGAAUUGUACUGAGACGGGAGUCAGAGAGUCCGUUUCUUGUCUGCGGCGUGAAGGAGGAGAUUGGGUUUUAAUUAAUUCGCUCGCCCGGCCGGCUCUUUGAAGAGAAACGGAUACAGUGCCCAUCCAGCUGAGAAGCCCACACCACUCACCACCACCACCACCACCACAACCGGCACUACCCUCAUGGACUUGCGGGCCUUCUACUUCCAGGCGGCGGAGGCGGCGGCGACGGCGACGGUGACGGCCACGGAGGACGACGACGUCACGACACCCAAGCUCUCCCCCAGCGCAGCGGUGCAGCGGGAAGGCCAGGGCAGUGGCGGCGCUUCCCCGGUGGCCGUGGGGAUGAACAGCGAGGGAAGCGGCGGCGCGCGCGACCUGAUCUGCCCCGAGUGCGGCAAGGCCUUCCUGUCGGACAAGGCCAUGUACGGGCACCUCAGGUGCCACCCGGGGAGGAGAAACAAGGGGGCGAUCCGCCCGCCGACGCCGGUCGCCUCCGCUUCUUCUGUGACCCGCGGAGACGCCAAGGCGAGGAAGGUGCUGUGGAUGGAGGAUGACCUCCCGACCAAGUGGCCGUUGACGGCCAAGCGCGGCCGCACUCCGACCGUGGCCACCUCCGUCACCGUGCACCCCGUGUCCGUGCUCGAGUCCACCUACAGCGCCGAGGAGGAGGCUGCCAACACUCUCCUGGACUUGGCCCAGAACGCCCGCAACGCCGCCGUUGCGGAGCAGGAGAUGCAGAUGCCACGGGCCGAUCAGCCCGAGCUACCAGCUGAUCAUGUCGCCGAUGCCGACCCCGUCGCGCCGGAGCCCGAGCAGCCUGUGAUACCAGACAUGGCCGCCGGCGCCGACGCGUUGCAGCGCGUGCAUCAGCAGGCUGAGACGCGUGCGCCGGUGGAGCACAUCUUCGGCAUCAUCUUGCAGCCCCAGGCGCCCGGGGUCGAGCCGUCCAACUUCAUCGCAGCGUCGGAGCCUGUGAACAAUUCUGCGCCCGUCGUGGUCCGCGACGAGGACAAGUCCAUCUCCCCCGGCGUCAAGAAGCUAAAGAAGCGACGGCUCCAUGAUCCAGUUAGCCAGAGUCCAGAUUCCUCUCGGCCGCCGCCAGAUCCCGAGGACGUCAGGCCGUCAGUGAGGCGCAUACCGUCGCCGGCGUCGGAUCGGAGGUACGGGUGCCCGUCCUGCUUCAAGUCGUUCCCCACCCACCAAGCCCUAGGCGGCCACAUGGCGAGCCACAACAGGGCCAUCAGGUGCGCCGCCGCGCAGCAGGUGGACGGGCUCGCCGUGGCCCAGGCCGUCCAAAACAUCUUGGCCCAUCGCCAGCGCCAAGAAGGCGCCAACGCCAGCGCCAGCGCCAGCGGGAUCGUCGUCGGCGAGGAUCUCCGGAUCAGCCUCCGGCCGCCGAAGCCGGUGUCGCACACAUGCGUCCGGUGCCGUCAGAUCUUCUCCACCGGGCAGGCGCUGGGCGGCCACAUGCGGAAGCACUUUCUCGAGGACAGGCUGCAGGCAGCCGCUGCCGCCGCGGCGCCGGGCACUGCUCCGCCUGCUCUAGCUGCAGCAGCCGCGGUGGCGCUGGCCAUUGCUCCGGCAGCAGUGCCAGCGGCCCAAGAUGGGGCUCCCGGCCGGGACUUUGAUCUCAACGAGAUGAUGCCUUGGGAGUGAUCGGGAGAGCUAGCAAAACCCUAGCCAGCCAUGGGACAUUUGUCUGCUUUGGAGUCCGAGCUACGCCUACUACGCAGCGAGCAUGUGGUAGUGGUGUAUCAGUGUCAGUGUCUGUCAGUGUCAUUUUAAUUUUGGUGUGGUUUGUCAGUGUUUAGCUAGUCAGUCCAUUCAUCUUGCUUGGAAAUGUAGAACUUGGGUUUCCCAGUCGAUCCAUGGUCUCUCUGGAGUACGAUCGAUCUGGACUGGAGAUAUAGA